AUGCGGAGGGAGUUCAUAUUAGUGAUAAUGGGUAUAAUAUGCAUCUCCACGAUCUCUUCAAUACUGUCCGGAUAUGUGCAAAUUGACCUGGACAAAGUGCUCCUGGAUACAGUAGUGGGCACUGUCGGCGCUGGUAACUUCUCUUAUUGGCAAUUGGGUCACAGCGGCCCUCUGCUGUUGGAGCUCACCUCUCUCUCCGGGGAUGCUGACCUAUACGUUGCUGACAAUAUGAGGCCGAGUUAUGAGAUAGAUAGGAACAACUUUAGUUCAAUCACAUGUGGACCAGAUAUAGUGGCUAUCCCAGAGAAUUUUCCGAGGCCCCUAGGCAUCGGCGUAUUCGGUCACUGGUCCCACGCCGUAACAGAGUACAGCAUCCAGGUGUUCCUCGACACCUCAAAAAUGAAUGCCGAAAGCCAGAUGGAGCACAGCAUAAAGCAUAGCGCUACCGAGAGGUUAGACAAGGAGAAGAUAGGUAAAGAGAAGUCGACACAGGCGAAGGGCGAAGAUGAGAGCAAGCCGAGGUUCCUAAAGCUGCUGAAUGUGUUGGACAUGAUAUUUGAGAUGUUUGUCCUA